CAAACUUAACUGUCCCUUUCGAGCCCUUCGCAACCAUUACCGUACUUCCAAGCAUCGCAAACUCGAAAUUUCUAUUCAAUUCUAUUCUAAAUCAUAUCGAUACAAAGCACUUUGGGUCGAGGUACCCGAAGAGAAGACCCAACGAGGCGGGAUUGAGGCAUUGAGGGACAACCGCAAGCCUGGUUUGUCACCGACGUUCAUACCUCAUUACCAAAUUUCGAAUCAAAAAUACUGCGAAGAAGGCAUCUCUCAUCCUCCCAUAAUCGACUGCCCCACAUACAUAGCAAGUCCACCAUGGCGGACGAACAGGUCUCUCUCACCUCCUUGGUCUUGAUUGUGGUACUAGGCGGGCUUGUGAUCCGAUACCUGUUCUUCCCAUCGUCAGCAGCGCCAUCAGGGGCGCAGCAAGGUAGAGAUGCAGCAGCAAGCUCACGAGCGCGCGAAGCGGCAGUUGAGAGGAUACAACAGGUAUUGCCACAGGCUGAUAGGCGCACUAUCCUGUGGGAAUUACAACGGAACAGGGGAAAUAUGGCGAUGACAACGGAGCGCAUACUGACUGGGCGUGCUGAAACGCCUCCAGUAUCAUUUCAGCCACCGCCAGCACCAGCGUCAACCACAGCUUCCUCAGCAUCGCAACCCUCCAAAGCGCCUUUGCGCCCCAUCGAACCCGAUCUAAUAACGCGAUACAAGCUCCAGGACAAGAUGGGGAAGAGUGCAGACCCGGAGCCGGAGCCGGAGCCCGCAGUUUCAGGGGGCAAGACGAAGGCGUGGAGUUCAAAUCGCGAGGAGCGACAAAUGUCACUCCAACGCAGACGUGAUGAGAUGAUUUUAGCCGCACGGCGGAAGAUGGAGGCGAAGAUUGCCACCGAGAGAUCGACUACCACUACAACUAGUUAGUGGUGGCACUGCCUGAGUUUUUCGUUGUAAAUAGCUAUUGCACGCCGUCACAUUUCACGGAAUCCAUGCACCUAAUCCAGAACGGGACCACAUUUAGGUCUCUCAUUACAGGAAAGACGAAUAUAGCCCCUGAGUUUGAGUCACCUUCUACAUGAAGAC